AUGAUUCGCGGUUCAGACGAAGUAAUAUUUAAAAUUUAUUGUGCUGAUCACACUUAUACCACGUUAAAAAUGACUGUUGACACAUUGGCAUCAAAAAUGAUUCGUUUAGCUGCAGAUAAACUUGGUCUGAAAGCUGAUGCACCGGAUGAUCUUAAAUUAUGUGAAGUAAAAUCAACUGGAGAACGAAUAGUUUUCAAAGAAAGUGAUUUAAGUAUAUCACACGGUCUUAGUUUGAAUGGACGUCUAUUUUUGGCUCCAAAUGAUCAUUUAGAUGCUCUUGUACCGUUACCCGAACAAGAAGGACCAUCAAGAGGUACAUGGCAAAAAUUAGAAACGUUUAAUUCAAAAGAAUUAGCCUAUGCUCUAACACUUUAUGAUUAUGAAUUAUUUAAUGCCGUUCAUCAAUACGAAUUAAUUUAUCAAGUAUUUGGUCGAUAUAAAUAUGGUAAAAUUACGGCUAAUCUCGAUGUUUUUAUGAGAAGAUUUAAUGAAGUACAAUAUUGGAUUGUUACCGAAAUGUGUUUAACAAAUAGUAUCGGAAAACGUGUUCAAUUAUUGAGAAAAUUUAUUAAAUUAGCAUUUUAUUGUAAAGAAUUUCGAAAUCUUAAUUCAUUUUUUGCCGUUGUAAUGGGUUUGAGUAAUAUUGCUGUUAGUCGAUUAUCACUCACUUGGGAAAAAUUACCAAAUAAAAUAAAACGAAUGUUUUCAGAGUUUGAAGCACUAAUGGAUCCAUCUCGAAAUCAUCGAAGUUAUCGAUCAAGUUUAACAAAAUUAACACCACCUAUUAUUUUAUUUAUGCCAUUAUUAUUAAAAGAUAUGACAUUUACUCAUGAAGGUAAUAAAACAUAUUUUGAAGGAUUGGUCAAUUUUGAAAAAAUGCGAAUGCUUGCUCACACAAUGAGAACACUAAAUAUUUGUCGUAGUAAACCAUUAGAAAUACAAUUAGCACAAGGCAUAAAAAAUACUCAAGAACUUCAAGAACGCUCGAUAUUAUAUAAUUUCUAUUUGGAACAUUGUUUGGGAUUGAAAGUAGAACCAUUGAAUCCAGCAUCAUUCGGAAAAUUGAUUCAUUCCGUAUUUCUUGGUUUACGAACGAGAAGAUUAGGAACACGAGGAAAUUCAAAAUAUCAUUAUUAUGGAAUACGUGUGAAAAAUGUAUCACCAUUAAGUGAACAGAUGCCAUUUGAUGGAGGCUCAAAUUCAUAUGGAACAAAUGAUAAUGAAAAUACACCAAUAGUCGGUCAUAACAUGUCAGAAUGGAUAGCAACAAAUGGAAAUGAAUGUUCCGACUCUCAACUUCAACAACAACAACAACAUCAACAGCAUAAUAAUUAUUCCUACUCUAACAGCAACAUAAACAAUAAUCCAAUAAUAAUUUCAAAUUCAAAUUUAAUAGAUUAUCAAUCUGAUUUAUGUUCAUCGCAAUUAUACUCAUUGAAUUGUGAUAAUUACGGUCAACGACAGCAACAAACUUGCUAUACACAAUUAUCGUCUGAUCUCAAUGAUAUACAAUCGUCAACACUACUCUUACCAUCUGAUGUUAUUGCUGAUGAUUUAACUAUAAAUGAUCUCAAGUUAUUUCAAAAAUCGCAUGAUGAAUAUUGUGCAAAACUCUAUCAGGCAUUCACAAAAUUUCAAUUUUCAUAUAUUGAAACUUUGAUCAUUGAAUUUUGGUCAUUAACAAAUGUUAACUUUAUUAUAUCAUCAAAAUUACCGAUAACAACAUUAACAACAACAAAUAUGGAUAAUCUCCUACUGCUCUCAUCGGAGACAAAACUAAAUCACGAAACGUACAUUAAAACAGAUAACACACCAAUGAUGUAUUCACCAACGGGUUUAUUAAUUAAUACAGAGCAAAUUAAAUUUGAGGAUCAUCAAUAUCGUUUAUUACAAUGGAAAUUUUAUCGUAUUUGUACGUUACCAUUUGUUAUUGAUCAAUUACGAAUAUUCUAUAUAAAAUUUUAUCAGGCUAUUAUUGAUAUCUAUUUUCCCGAUAUUCUUACCAAUAUGUCACAUUCGAUGACAACUGCCAUUCGUACAAUGGCUCAUAAUUCAUCGUAUUGGAUAAUCUAUGCCAUUCAACAUUUAUGUGAACCAUUAAAAACAAUAAUGAUUAAUUUAGUUCAAGCAUUUUCAUCUAUACUCCUUAGAUAUACCUCGUUAAACCAUUUGUGUAUUGCUGUUCAUACAAUGUUGAUACAACCAUCUCGUCUAUUAUCAAUGUCAAAUGAUAUUGGUAAUGUUGAUUUUCAUGAUUUACAUGAUCAAGCUCAUUGGUUAUUAGAGUGUGAUAUGGAUUUGUGUAUUAAAAUAGAACAAUGUAUAAAAAGUAUUUUACAAUGUCGAACAAUAACAACAAUAAAAACAACAGAAAAUUGGACAAUAUUAUUAGAAACAUUAUUGUACGAUAUAUUGAAACCUUAUGAAGAUACAAAAGAGUAUAUUGCCGCUUCUCGAAAAUUUUUGUUAAAAUUUUCAUUUUACUGUUCAUUGAUUAUUCGUGAUCUAACAUUACAUUAUGGAGAUAGUUUAGGCUCAUUUCAUUUGUUAGAAACAUUUCUCGAAGAAUAUAUUCGUUAUAGAAUUGAACAAAAAAUAUCGCAAGCAAUGGGACAAUCGGUAUUAAUGAUCGUUAUUGAAAAUAUGAAUAAUGAAAAGAAUAAAUUAGCUGCCACUAUGGCAUCAAUGAACGAAUAUGAAAAACAGUUAAAAUUACAACAACAAUCAAAUGAUGAUGAGAUUGUCGAUGAAGAUGUAGGAGAUGAUGAGGAUUUGUAUGAUGAUGUUGAAGAAAAUUUUUCAUCAAUCAGUGAAAUUCAACAAAAUAAUCAUUAUUACAUAAAGCCACUAUCACCUGUUGAUGAUUUAUUAUUGAAUAAUGAGAAUAGAGAUCUUCAUUGUUCAACAAAUAAACAACAAUGUAUAUUUGAAGAUUUACAACCAAUAACAAGUGCAGUAUUUUAA